AAGUGCAUUGAUCGUGACAUUCAGCCUCGUUUUAAUCUUGAUCUUCAAUAUAACUUCUUACAAAAUGAAUGUUAUGGACGCAAACGAUAUGGUAUGCUGUCCCUACAACAAGGCGCAUAGAAUGUUACGGAAAAAACUCCAGCAGCACAUAUUGAAAUGCCGAGAAAUCUACAAAGACGAAGUGGAGUUGCUUGUGUGUCCAUUUAACAAAGCACAUCUUAUACCUGAGCCAGAUUUCUUGCAACACACAAGAUCAUGCUUCGAUCGUAAAAUCAUUGCGCAUUAUCAGCAGAGUGCGCCCGCUCCGCUGAACGACGAUACAAAACACGAAAAAAUCGAGUCGGAAGAGAACUGGGACGACGAAUAUGUGCCCGACUAUGAUCCUCAGCAAUACGCUAUCAACGCUAACAUUGUUCGUGAGCCAAAUGGCAUGUUCCCCUCACAGCGCAAGGCAUUCAUAAAACAGGAACGCAAGCGUCUGCUAGGCGAAGACAGCGAUGAUGAUGCCACAGGAAGUCAGCAAAAGAUGAAAUUGCCAACCAAAGCCAACUCCACAGGAACACAACGUCCGACGCUAUACAAACUACCAAACCGUAAUCGUUGACUCAAAGACUAAAUUGUGAACUUACAUACCAAAGUUUAUCCAUCGAAUUUAUGUAAUUUAA